AUGGUGGCCAUCUCUCACUACAAGAUCUCCAACACUCUGGGCGUCGGCACGUUUGGCAAGGUCAAGAUGGCCGAGCACACUCUGACGGGUCAGAAGGUGGCGAUCAAGAUAAUCAACAAGCGAAAGAUGGAGCAGAUGAACAUGCACGAGAAGAUCCGAAGAGAGAUCCAGAUCCUGCAGUUUCUGAAGCAUCCUCACGUCAUCCGACUUUACGAGCUUUUGGAUACACCGAGUGACAUCUUCAUGGUGAUGGAGUACGUGCCGGGUGGUGAGCUUUUCGACCACAUCGUGCACAAGCUCAAACUCCAGGAGGACGAGGCACGGAGAUUUUUCCAGCAGAUCCUGUCCGGUGUCGAGUACUGCCACCAAUGCAUGGUGACCCACCGAGACCUGAAGCCCGAGAACCUGCUCUUGGACUCGAACUUGCAUGUGAAAAUCGCGGAUUUCGGCCUCUCGAACACGAUGCGCGAUGGGGAGUUCCUCAAGACCUCCUGUGGGUCACCAAACUAUGCCUCCCCCGAGGUUGUCUCGGGCAAGGCAUACGUCGGCCCAGAGGUGGAUGUGUGGUCAGGAGGGGUAGUUCUCUACGCGCUGCUUUGUGGAUCUCUUCCAUUUGACGACGAGAAUGUUCCCAAUCUCUUCCGAAAGAUCAAGCACGGGAACUUCACCCUGCCAGGCCACUUGAGCAGCGAGGCCAAGGACCUGAUUGUGCAGAUGCUCGUGGUGGAUCCAACGAGGCGAAUCACGUUCUCGCAGAUCCGAAAGCACUCCUGGUUCCAGAAGGACCUGCCCGAAUAUCUUGCAGCCCCGCUGAACUUGGCGGUGGAGAAGCUGGAGGUCCAGCCAGACAUCCUGCAGGAGUUAGAAGACAUGGGGAUCAAGAUAGCAGACAAGGAGAACUUGAAGCCGGAUGAGCAGGUGGCGUACCAUCUGCUGGCGGAUCGAGCCUCGAAGCAGAGCAGCUUCUCGAAUCUCCUUCGGAAGGACCAGGGCAACAUCAAUGCUCACAAGAUGUUCGAUGACGAGGAGAUUGCCAGCGUUGCAAGGCAGUUUGAUCAGGAGAAGCUGGCUCCUGUCUACAAGAUUGCUGCCAUGGCUAAUGACCGAGCAGCAAUGCUUGCCCAGUCCACCUUUUCAGCACCGGAAUGCCCAUGGCGGCUGGGCUUGGAAGCCAUCAUGGAGGCUGCGGUUCUGAUGACAGAAGCUUUGGUAACACUGCGAGACUUGGGCUACGAGGUGUACAAGCUGUCCUCUGGAAAGUACAUGGUCGACGUCCUCAUUCCGCAGGGGCCGACGCUCCCGGCGGUGCAGGAGGCGCUGCUCUUCCUGCGGCGACUCUCGCAGCGGGAGGCUGUGGCCGCCAACAUCGUCUUGAGGCCUGCCGCCACCCAGGCGCUUCUGGGCGGGCGCGCCGCAGAACACAAGGGGCCGGGCCGAGGCGAUGGCUAUCCACAAGGAGCUGGUCCCACGGCAAGCCUGUGA